UUAACUUGUAUUAAACUCCCACAAACCGGUUUUCUCAUUUGUUUUCCGGUUACAAAACUCGCUUUACGUAAGAAAGCGUGCGGAGCUACGUCAGGUGACCGUGCGCUGGACAGGAUGAGGCGCGUUCACGGUCCGACUUUAUUCAGCUGGAUCCGUUUGAUCUGCAGGAGCCCUCCGUGUCCUGUGCGCGCGACCACGGAUCAAAGAGGAGCUCCUGCACCGAGGUUCUGCAGCAAAACAUCCACGGACACGAGCAUCAUGGACCUGAGCGACAUGAGGAAGAAAUACAAAGGAGACGAGGAGUGUUUUGAAGAGAAUCAGCUUGUGUCUCUGGACCCGAUCAAGCAGUUUGGAAACUGGUUCGAUGAAGCCACAAAGUGCCCCGAGGUCGGAGAGGCCAACGCUAUGUGCAUCGCCACGGCCACCAAGGAUGGACGCCCGUCUGCUCGCAUGGUCCUUCUGAAGGGCUACAGCGACGAUGGAUUCCGCUUCUUUACGAACUACGAGAGCAGAAAGGGUUCUGAACUGGAGAGUAAUCCGUAUGCCUGCCUGGUUUUCUACUGGGAACCUCUGAACAGACAGAUUCGUAUCGAGGGCGCAGUGGAGCGAAUCCCGUACCAGAGCUCCUGCGACUACUUCCACUCCCGACCGAAGAGCAGCCAGAUCGGGGCGGUUGUGAGUCGACAGAGCACCGCUGUUCCCGACAGAGACUAUCUGAGGCAGAAAAACGCAGAACUGGAGGAGAAGUACAAGGACACAGAGGUGCCGAUGCCUGAUUACUGGGGCGGCUACAUCGUCAAACCUCACUCCAUUGAGUUCUGGCAGGGUCAGACCAACAGACUUCACGACCGCAUUGUCUUCACCAAACCGAAGGACGGCGAGUCGGAGCUGGGAGAGUUUCAACGCGCUGCGGCGGGAGAGUGGGUGUAUGAGCGGCUGUCUCCAUGAGAUGUCCCUCCACAGACGGACAGAGACUCCGUGGUUAAGGUCUUUACCUCUGCUGGAAACUACUUAAAUAGGUGCUGCUGUGUUUAGGAUUCUUCACAGAGCCAAACCUCGUUGUGUCUUUGUAAAACUUUACAUGAAGUGAAAAUGACGUGAUGAACAGAAAGUGACGGGAGGUCAAACUCCACGUGUUAAAUAAUGAUCCACAGUGAUGUCGGUUAUUCAUCCGUGUCGUCGUCGACCUUCACUCUUUAUUUUUCUAGAAGCAAAAUCUUCAGCCGACUCUCACGUCUCCAUCAAACACGUCUGUCGAUGUGACUUUGAUUAAACGUUAAUAGUCCCCAAGGAAGUUAGCAGAAGGACAGUUUGUAAUUUUGUGCCAAUUGUAAGUGAAUAAAAACGUUAUUUUGUCAGUUGAUCAAUUUAAACCAAAUACAUACUCAGUGGCCACAUUAUUAGGAACACCUCAACCAUCUCAUACAACCUCAAACAACUGUUGUCAAGUUUAUUUUUAUAAUGCUUCAUUAAUGGGUUGAUUCAAUGAGACUUCAAAUAUAAACUUAUGAUUGAUCCAACUGCCUUUUACUCAUGAGAUUAAAAUGAUGUUAUCUGUGCCAAUUAUUAUUGUGUGUAUUAUGAACUUGGCAGUAAGUGUGUAAGAAUAUUUUUUAUUUGAAUAAACUGUGAAAUAUUGCCAAUAAUAAAGUUUCAUUUGCGACU